AUCAGCUGCAGUCAACUUACUUCUAUUGCGACUUCUAACUUAGAGGCUGUUGCUAUCCAAUGCACUCUACCAAACCACGAAAAAUGGCUCCUUGUGUGCUGUUACAGACCACCUGUUAGUAAAGAUCUGUCUGAUCUUAGAUCCAUGGCUGAUAAUUUAUUUCCAAAUUACGACAACAUCAUUAUUGCUGGUGAUUUCAACCUUCCAAAUAUUUCUUGGACAGAUUCUAACCAUACAUCAACUGGAACAUUAGGUCAAAAUUUCUGCGAUAUCUUGGAUGAUUACUUCAUGUCUCAACUCUGCCUCAUCCCUACGAGAGAAUCAAACAUUCUGGACUUAAUAAUUACGAACCAACCUGAACAAAUAUCGAUUUUAGACAUUUGCGACCCAACCGAGUUAGGAAUGAAAACUGAUCAUAAAGUUACUAGAUUUACGUUUCGUAGACCAAACGAUCAAAUAAACGUUUGGUCUACGAUUACAAAAGCGGGAACUUUGAUGAUCUACGAAAACGUCUAAUAGACAUGGAUAUUUGUUCUCUUAUGACAAACAAUGGAACUGAUUCUAGUAUCGAUGAUGACUGGUCAAUUUGGAAGAAUGGUGUGUUGACUGCUGUACACGAAUUUAUCCCCACAAAACAAGUAAAUCCAAAACGUUCACCCCCGUGGAUAACCCCAACCAUCUUGCAUCAGAUCCGUGAGAAAGUUAUCACUCGUAAGAGAUACCUAAGCCGAGGAACUGACUAUCUGAAAGAAAAAUUCAGUCGAUUAAGAGCUCAAGUCAAGAAAGCAAUUAAAGAAAGCAGAGAGUCGUUUUUCCAAUCCUUAGGCAGCACAUUAAAGAUUAAUCCCAAACGUUUUUGGUCCAUCUUCAAAAUUAAGUCAUGUUCUGGAAGUGUACCCAACUCAGUCUCGAGAAUUUGUACGAACAAUCCUGAAAGUAGAUCACAGGCAUCCACACCGCAUAAUAUUGCAUCAAUGUUUAACGAGUACUUUCAUUCGGUAUACACCAGCGUCUUGGAACAACCAUCCUCAACUCAACCUAGUUCAUCUUCUUCAAUAUCAAGUAUUUCAUCAAUUGAUCUCACCCAAGAAGAAGUGUGCCAUGCUCUACAGAACUUAGACCCUUCCAAAGCUCAUGGUCCUGACGGGCUUCCUUCACGUAUUCUGAAAGAAUGUGCUCACCAAUUGGCGCCAUCACUUCAUUACCUUUUUACUAAGUCACUCAAAAUAUCCCAGGUUCCCGCGGAAUGGAAAUUAGCGAACAUUAUUCCAAUACACAAGAAAGGUAACAAGGACCACGUUGAAAAUUACCGCCCAAUCUCCUUGUUAUCCAUCGUAAGCAAAACUCUUGAACGAUGUGUACUCAACCAUAUAUCUCAUCAUAUACAAUCUAACAUUCAUUCAGCGCAGUUUGGUUUCGUAAGCGGUAGGUCGUGUGCAACACAAUUGUUAUCCAUUUUAAACACCAUUGGAAAGAACUUGGACAAGGGGUUACAAACUGACGUUGUUUUUAUGGACAUUGCGAAGGCUUUCGACACUGUUGACCACUCCAACUUGUUGCGAAAACUGGGUGAAUUUGGUUUCUCUGGUUCUGUUCUCCUCUGGUUUCAAAAUUAUUUAUCAGGACGCUUCCAGCGGGUAACUGUUCAUGGAGCUACAUCACAAUCCUUGCCUAUUACAUCUGGCGUUCCACAAGGAUCAUUAUUGAGUCCCUUCCUCUUCUCUAUUUACAUAAACGACUUACCUAACCACUUAUCCUCCUCUACUGGGGUCGGUUUGUUCGCUGAUGACACCAAACUCUAUAAAGCCGUGCAGAACCCUUCUGAUGCCUUGGUUUUACAAGAAGAUAUACGGAGUCUCCAAUCUUGGUCAGAGGAAAACAGGUUGCGUUUUAACAAUUCUAAGUGUAAAGUACUUUCUAUCACAAGGAAAUCAUCUCCGCUAAUCACUUCGUAUAGUCUUGACGGUCAACAACUGGCUUUGUCUAACACUGAAAUUGAUCUAGGCGUUGUUAUGAAUUCCAACCUAACCUGGAUCAAUCAAGUAAACAGGGUGCGAUCUAAAGCUAAUAAAAUGCUUGGAUUUAUACGACGGACUACAAUGGAAAUGCAUGACAUCGGGGCGAGGAAGUACCUUUACUUACAACUGGUCCGCAACAAUUUUGCGUAUGCGUCUCAAGUAUGGUCUCCACAAUCAAUCAAAUUAAUCGAGAAUAUCGAGAAGGUACAGAGAAGGGCGACAAAAUACAUUUUAAAUCUCGGUUUUAUCACCAACGUUCCAUAUACAACAAGACUACUUCAACUCGACUUACUCCUUUAACUUAUUGGCACGAAUAUUUGGAUUUAGUUCUACUCUACAAAAUAAUCAAUGGCUACACAUAUAUCGAUGACAGUGCUCGACCAACAAUGGCUGGUUCUGG